UUUUCUCUUCUAUGCAUAGUUGUAAGUUGGGUUCCUCUUCUAUAUGUCUUGACUACAAGACUUCUAGAAAAAUGAGGGUCGUGUUGGCAGUUCUGUUGGCAGUGACUGCUGCGAGUUCUUUCCCGACCAUUCCGCAUGUGAUCAAAAUUCCUGUUGAUAUAGCAAUCGGAGGUAUCAACAAAAUGGUCAAGCCAUCUAAAUGCGGUUCAUCGGGCUGCGGCAACCCGGAUGGCGGUCCACCUGAUGGCCCGGGAGAUGGCGGUGGUGAACAACAGAACCUGCAGAACCAAGUGGGUGUACAACAAGCCAGUGGAAGCGAUAUCGUGCAAGGACUUAACCAGGGACAAGAAGGGGAACAAGAAGGAGAGGGAGAUGGACCCCAACAGUCGAAUCAAAACCAAUUGGGUUUACAACAAGCAAUCGGAAAAAACAUUCAGCAGCAUGCUAACCAGAACCAACUCAGCAAGCAGAAGAAACCCCCAGUCAAACCCCCCGUAGAUAAACCUCCAGUUGACAAACCAUGUCCUCCUGAACCACCAGUUGAACCACCGGUUAAACCACCAGUUGAACCACCGGUUAAACCACCAGUUGAACCGCCGGUUGAACCACCGGUUAAACCACCAGUUGAACCACCGGUUAAACCACCGGUCGAACCACCGGUUGAACCACCGGUUGAACCGCCGGUUGAACCACCGGUCAAACCACCAGUUGAACCACCGGUUAAUCCACCAGUUGAACCGCCGGUUGAACCACCGGUUAAACCACCAGUUGAACCACCGGUUAAACCACCGGUCGAACCACCGGUUGAACCACCGGUUGAACCGCCGGUUGAACCACCGGUUGAACCACCGGUCAAACCACCAGUUGAACCACCGGUCGAACCACCGGUCGAACCACCAGUUGAACCACCGGUUAAACCACCAGUUGAACCACCGGUUAAACCACCGGUCGAACCACCGGUUGAACCACCGGUCAAACCACCAGUUGAACCGCCGGUUAAACCACCGGUCGAACCGCCGAUUGAACCACCGGUCAAACCACCAGUUGAACCGCCGGUUGAACCACCGGUUAAACCACCAGUUGAACCACCGUGUGAACCACCAGUUAUACCACCGGUCAAACCACCAGUUAUACCACCGGUCAAACCACCGGUAAUACCACCGGUCAAACCACCAGUUAAACCACCGGUCAAACCACCGGUAUUACCACCGGUCAAACCGCCGGUAUUGCCACCGGUCAAACCACCAGUUGAACCACCAGUCAAACCACCUGUUGAACCACCGGUCAAACCACCGGUAUUACCACCGGUCAAACCACCGGUAUUACCACCGGUCAAACCACCAGUUGAUCCACCAGUCAAACCACCAGUUGAACCACCGGUCAAACCACCAGUUAUACCACCGGUCAAACCACCGGUAUUACCACCGGUUAAACCACCAGUUGAACCACCGGUCAAACCACCAGUUGAACCACCGGUAUUACCACCGGUCAAACCACCAGUUGAACCACCGUGUGAACCACCAGUUAUACCACCGGUCAAACCACCGGUAUUACCACCGGUUAAACCACCGGUCAAACCACCGGUAAAACCACCGGUAUUACCACCGGUAAAACCACCGGUAUUACCACCGGUCAAACCACCAGUUGAACCACCCGUUGACGAACCAUGUCCUCCUGAUACUAAACCACCGGUUAAACCACCGGUCAAACCGCCGGUCAAACCACCGGUUAAACCACCGGUCAAACCACCGGUUAAGGAUCCCAAAGAUUGUAAAAAAGAUAAUCCCAAAAUUCCUAAAAUUCCCUUUUUAAGUAAAGCACCCAAAAAAGCAGAUUAAAAAUAAUAUUAUUUGUUUCAGGCAUAUAUCUAUAUUAUUAUAAAUAAUACAUCUCCUUUUUCAAAUUAUCGUAAUAAAUAACAAAUAUGGCGCCACUAAAUUUAAUGUCUUUUUUGCAAUUUUGUGGCCUGGUUGCAAGACCUCUAAACCAGUUUUUUUAUUUGAUUUUGCUUUUUAACUUUACUUUACCAUCAUUGAACUGACUGACUUAAAUGAGUAGUGUCUUAAACCAUUAUUUAUUUAUAAUAAAAACCCUUUGUUGACGGUCUGACAUUUUGUAUUUUUUUUUUAUUUUAAAUAAAGUAAGUAAUUGGCGUUCAAAAGAGCGGCCUGCGCGUCAAAACGUCAGUCAUUAAAUCUGCGUGAGCACACGCUCCUCUUUUGAAAACGCUUUUUUACAAAGUUAAUCGCGUAGUAGGUACGGUCACGAGCAUUAUCUUUAUAAACUUUUUAAAAUAAAAUUUGACUCAAAACACUCGUUACCAGGCCAUAAACACUAUAGAAAUUUUUAUAUCUUUCUUGGAAAUAAAUAAGAAAAGUAUAAACAAAAAUACUUUUAUAAAUGUGAUAUUUCAUAAUAUUUGAUUAUUGGCGGAGAUUUGUGCUUAGUUUAGUUUUACCAUCACUAAUUUAAGAGCCACGCUCUUGUCGGCGUACAUUCUCCAUUCUUGUCUAUCAAAAGCCAAUUCUUUCACACGAAGUUCACCUUCUCUUUAACCUGUUCCAUGUAAGAUCUUCUUGGUCUUCCUUUUCCUCUCUUUCCUUGCUAACGAUCGCAUUUUUUGUAACUUUAUUGGCUUAGUUUUUUUGUGUAUGUUUUUAUAUGUGUAAUAGUGUUUGUAUUGUGUUAUAAAAUGUAUUUUAAUUAAAA